AUGACCUUGGAAAUAGUGUUUAAAUUAGUGCAGCGCUCGGAGAGGAGGCAGUUGUUAGCAGACAGCACGAAUCAAACAAUGAGUGCAAGACAAACAUUUAAGUUGCCGACGGUGUGGGAGGGGAAGCCGGUGGCGGUUAUACGCCCAUUCAACAGAAUACAUCCUGAAGAAGAAAAUUGGGACGACCCAUGGCCCAGAACGCAUAUGGGCACCACACCGCCGCAUCAACCAUCUGAGUCCAGAACACCUAUGAACACCACACCGCAGCAUCCUCCAUCUGGGUCCCGAACACCCAUGACACCACACCGGUUAGCCGAUAUGGAGUCAGGAAUCCGUCGCCGGAACUGGCAGUGGAAGAGAAUUGGGAUGAUGAAGCAGGUUCUAAUUCGGAUCAGUUGA